AGCAGUAGACGGCCUCCGACACCCACAUCACUCUCACAACAACGAUGGUGUUCUUUGUGUGUAGCAACUGCGGUGACUGCCUCAAAAAGUCCGCGGUCGAUAAGCACUGUUACCGCUGCAACCCGGACUCGGUCUCGUGCAUGGACUGCAACUCGACGUUCUUCGGCAACGAUUACAAGUCGCACACAAAGUGCAUCUCUGAGAGCGAAAAGUACAAGUUUGCCAACGGCCGCAAGCGCAAGCCGGCAUCGGCGCCGACGCCCACCCCACCGCCGGCCAAGAAGCCCAAGGCUGCGGCCAAGAAGCCCAAGGCCUCUCCGGCCGCCGCCAGCACCGCUGCUACUGCAGUGACUUUCCGCUGGAAGACUGCACUCCGCCGCGCGCUCCGCGCUGGCCCGAUGACCAAGGAUGCACUGCGGACAAAGGUUCUUGCCACCAUCGCCGCCGCGGUCGCCAAUGGCAAGGUUGUCCAGGGCUCAGCCCCGUCUGUCUGCGACGCCCAGUUUGACGCCAAGCUCGCUCGCAACCUGAUGAAGAACCGCAUCUCGCAGCCGACCGACGACACCUACGUGUGGGGCGCCUCGGCUGCUCCGUCGGCUGCGCCGUCUGCCGCACAGUCAUCGGACUCGGACUCGGACUCGGACUCGGACGCGAGCUCUGCUGCCGCCGAUGCCGCUGCCAAGAAGAAGUCGUCCUCCUCCUCCUCCUCUUCCUCCUCCUCGUCGUCAUCGUCGUCGUCAUCAUCAUGACUCGGCUGUGUUGGCCUCGCUUCUACUAGCACCGCCAUCCUUAAAACUCGACAAAGAUCGAAAA